GGAUGGUGGGGAUGGUGGAGGUCGUCAUGAUGGGUUGGGGAAGGGUAUGGGAAUGCAUGGGGGGGAGAGGGGUGACGUGGAUGGGCGAGGAAUGAGGCGGUGUGCUGGAUGCGCCGGUUGAGGGGGGAGGUGGGGGGAACAAAACUAUGGUGGAGGUUGAAGGGUUGGUGGAUGUGGUGGUAGAGGUGGUAGGAGUGGAGGAGGUCGGCGAGGGGGUGUUGUUGGAGGCGGCUGUGGAGGAGGGAGUGGUUUGCGUUGUGGAGGAGGGAGGUGCGGUCGUGGUGACGACCGUGAUGGAGGGGUUGUUCCCUUCGAGCGUGGUGACGCGGUCGGAUAUGGAUGACACAGUGGCCUUUAUGUUGUUGAGAGAGGCAGGGACAAAGGUUUGGAGGGUGUUGAGAGUGUGGAGGAUGGAGGAGAGGUCGGGGGUGGCGUUUUUUGCUGGUGGUUGUUCGCCUGCGAGGUUGCGGGCGAUGCUAUCCACAGAGUCGGUGCGGAUGUCAGACAUGUUGAUGGAGGAUGCGAUCAUGUCGGGGGAAGAGGGGGUGGAGGACGCGGCCGGAACGGAUGUGGAGGAUGUUGCAGCAGCGAUGGCUGAGGCGACGGCUGCGGAUGAGGUGGAGGCAGGCGCGGCGGCAGCUUCGGCUGCGCGUUGGGAGGUCUUGGAUUGGCGUGGUGGCAUGCGGAGAUUUGGGAGUGGAAGGGGGUCGGGGUGGGGAGGGUAUUUACAACAUUAAUUGAUUUAUUCAUAAAUAAAUAAAGGUAUUUGCAAAAACAAUGAAGGAAUAAAAUGGGAAUUAAUUC